AUGGAAGUCAACAAACACAUUAAUCUGGAGAAAUCCAUUCGUGAAAAGGAAGUCCACGAUGGAAACAAUACUGAUUCGGAUGCAGAUUCACAGACUGAAGUAUUGCGGGCUGCUGGUAUAGGCAUAGCAAAAGAUGAUCCUACUGAGCCAGUUCUCACUCUCCGUAUGUGGGUGCUUGGAAUUGCCUUUUGCGUGGUCGUUAGCGGGUUGAACACGCUUUACACCCUCCGUGCCCCUUCUUUGACAAUUUCAGGUUCGGUGGUACUCUUUUUGGCCUAUCCCCUAGGAAAGCUUUGGGAGAAAGUAAUCCCAAACUGGAAGCUUCCGCUAGGAAGAUUGGCAUUCAAUCUCAACCCGGGCCCCUUUAAUACGAAGGAACACGUUUUGAUCUAUAUAAUGUCUAACCUUAGUAUUUACGUCCGUCUUGGCGCCGACGUUCUGACAGAGCAGCAAAUGUUCUACGGCUACAAGGCAGGAUGGGGAUUCCAAAUUCUCAUUACUUUCUCCACAUUUCUCAUCGGGUUCUGUCUUGCUGGGCUAUUCCGGGCCAUUGUAGUAGUUCCCCAAGAGCUGAUCUGGCCUGGAGUUCUGGGUGUUACUGCGUUGACCACAACCCUACACCAUGUCAGCCAGGAACAGGUGCAAGAGCGUUACAAUACGUGGAAAAUGUCUCGCUAUGCCUUCUUCACUAUGACAUUUUGCAUCUCGUUUUGCUGGUAUUGGUUCCCGGAUUUCAUCUUCCCGGCGCUUAGCUAUUUCAGCUUUCCGUGUUGGAUCAACCCUGAGAGCAAAGUAGUCAAUCAGAUAUUCGGAAUGAGGUCUGGAAUGGGACUGUUGCCGAUUACCUUUGAUUGGAGCCAAAUGUCUUACGUUGGGUCUCCUUUGCUCAUCCCCUCGUGGGCAGUUCUCAACGUCUUCAUUUCCCUGGUGUUCUGGAUUUGGAUUGUGGCUGUUGCUUGUUACUAUACCAAUGUGUGGAACACGGGCUACCUACCUUUCCAAAGUUCUCAAGUAUUCGACAAUACUGGAAAUACUUACAAAGUCAGAAAGAUUGUCAAUGCCGCUUCAGGCUAUCAGCUCGAUCUUAAGAAGUACCUUGCUUACUCUCCGGUCUAUAUGCCAGUUACCUACGCGUUGAAUAUGUUUGGGCUAUCAUUUGCCACUCUGAGCGCUCUUCUUGUUUGGGUUAUACUUGAAAGGCGUCAUGUCAUGGCUGAUGCAGCCAAAAGGGUGCCUCGACUGGUCACGGAGUCCCUUCCCGGUCGCUCCGGAGAGUACAGCGAGGACGAGAGAGGAGACCCGGAUGUGCCCUUGUGGUGGUAUUCGGUUGCAUGCAUCUUAGCCUUAUUCAUGUCCAUGUUCGCCGUUGAGUGGUGGAAUGUUGAACUGAGAUGGUACGGUGUUUUGCUGGCGUGUGCUGUGGCAUUGAUCUUCUAUCCUCCGUUGGCUUUGGUCUACGCCACUUCUAACCUCAAGAUCAACAUCGAUAUUUUCUGCCGUAUUGUGGCUGGUUUCGUCUUUGAGGGCAAGGUCCUGGCUAAUAUCUGGUUCUUUGACAUCGGAUACAUCACGACCAUCAAGGGAUAUGAAACUGGCAUCCCUCAACGAAAAUUGUUCUUGGUUCAAUGCGUUGGAAUGCUUGUCGGGACGCUCUCCUCGCUCGGUGUCCUCAAUUGGGCCCUGGAUCACAUCACCGGAAUCUGCACUAGCGCUGCUGUUAAUGGUUUCAGUUGCCCUUACAGCAGCACCCACUUCAAUACUUCUCUGAUCUGGGGUGCGGUGGGCCCUCGUCGCUAUUUCUCGAACCAAAUUGGUUAUUCCGCUUUGCUUUACUUCUUCGUCCUUGGUGCCAUUUUACCCAUUCCUGUCUAUUAUAUGACCCGCCGAUACCCCAAGUCGCUGUGGAGAAGGGUUCAUGUCCCGCUAUUUCUUGGGGGGGCUGAAUUACCUGCCCCCUGCGACUGGGAUGAAUUACGGCAGUUGGGCAUUCGAAAGCGUCUGCAUAGCUGGUGGAGCAAAUAUAACUUUGUGCUCAGCUCUGCCAUGGACUCAUCUGUGGGAAUUGCUGGUGCGAUGAUUUUCUUCGCAAUUUAUUUCACUGGCGCCAGCAAACAUUUCGACUGGUGGGGAACAGAGAUUCACAAGAACACCUGCGAUUGGAAAGGCUGCGCACAUCUUUCUAUACCGAAGGGCGGAGAAUUCACCAUAUAG